AUGGUCAAAGCACUUUCUUGGCAUGAAACUAAUCUAAGAUGGUUUGUAUUAUGUCUAAUUGGUGUUUAUCCAUUAGCUCAAUUCUUAAUAGCUGAAUUUCCUGCAUUAUUAGGAGAAUAAAUAAAGAACUAUUUUUAGGUGACUUAAGAAGAUGUUAAUUAUUUACUAUUAUUUGAAUCACUUCCAAAUAUGAUCAUGACAUUAGUAGGAGGUUUAAUAAUUGAUGCUUUUGGUGUUAGAAGAUCAUAUGUGCUUUUUGGAAUAGUAGUUAUUCUUGGUUAAUGUAUGCUAAUAUUUAUAACCACAUUUAGUUUUGUGCUUAAUUUCUGUAUUUUUGCAAAGUUUUAAAUUAAUGAUCAUUGGAAGAUUUGUUUUUGGAAUAUUUGAAUCUAGCGGAUGUGUCGCUGAAAGUUAUUACAUUAAUAAAUGGUUUAAAGAUAAAGAAAAUUCUUUUGCAUAUGGGUAAUUAUUUAUAAAUAAAUAUAGUAUCGAUACUGCUCUUUGCAGAAUUGGAUCAAUAACUGCUUCCAUUUUAUACCCUUUCUUAUAUUCAGCUUCUGAUAAUGAUCUAUCUAGAUGUUUGCUUAUGUGCUUAAAAAUUGCAAUUUUUAGUUUUAUUACAAUUUUAAUUCUAACUUAAAUAGACAGAUUUAGUGAUAUGAGAGAUAAAGUAGAAGAUCAAAAACUGGAAAGUAUUGAUCUUAGAUAAAUAAAAAAUUUUAGUUUAGAAUUUUAUAUUACAUUAAUAAGUUGUGCAACAUGCUAUUCAGUAUUCUUUAUAUUCAGUUAUAAUUCUGUUGAAAUGUUUAAACAAAAGUAUUGUUUAUAUAAUUAUAUCAUAGUUUUAAAUUGGAUUAGAAUACAGCUAAUAUUUUAUUUAGUAUUCCUUAUUAUCUCUCAGCAUUAUUAAGUCCUAUUGUUGGCUAUUAUUUAUAAAGAAUAGGAAGGAAUAUUGAAAUUUUAAUAAUUGCUUGUAGUUGUCAAUUAUUAACAUUGACAAUGUUCUAGAUGUUACCAGAGUUUGAUUCUCCAUGUUUAAUAUUUCCAUUGAUUGGAAGUAUUUUAAAUGGACUCUUCUUUGGUAUUUAUUUUGCAGUUAUGUGGCCAUAUAUUCCCAAUAUUGUGCCAUCUCAUAUGGUAGCCACUGGAUUCGGAUUAAUAUAUAGUUGUAUUAAUUUAGGUAUUAAUUAUCUUUUAUAUUUAUUCUAGAAUUGACUUGUUUCUCAUAUAUCGUUGCCAAUAUUUUGAGAGUUGAGAAUUAUGAAAAUUAUCUAAAGAUGAACUCAUUGCUUCUUCUAUUAUCAUUUAUUGGUUUCAUUUCUCUGAUCUAUUUGCUAUUUAGUAAUCAAUCAAAACAAAGAAAUUCAAAUCAUUCUUAAUCAAAUGAAACAGAUUCCACCAUCUAAAUCGAGUUAAUGGUGCUUUGUAAAUAAACUUGA